UCCUCUCUCUCUCCCACCAACCAUACCUUCAGUUUUCAAUCAGCUGGCAAGCUAACUUGUUUUCAGCUUCUAUGCUUCGUCUCCCUAUUUGGGUUUGCACUUUGCAGCUGACCGGCAUGCUAGGCCUGCUGAUUCAAGACUCGGUGUUCUCUUGAACCCUGCAAGGCUCGAGAAGAAGCUGCUUCGGAAACAUCUCGGCCAUGUUCGACAUCCUGUUCGGGUGGCGAAAAGCUUCCAAAUGCAAGAGGGUGAUCAGAAGAGUGCAGUGCCGGCUGAAGCUGCUGAAGAACAAGAGGAGUUCGAUCGUGAGGCAGUUGCGCGAGGACGUCGCUCAGCUCAUCAAGAAUGGCCACGAAGACGUGGCGAUCGAGCGGGCUGAGCAGCUAUUCAAAGAUGAAAGCAUCAUCGCUGUCUACAAUUUGCUCGAUCAAUUCUGCGAAUUUGUUAUCUCCAACUUGUCGUACAUUCGCAGGAACAGGGACUGUCCAAAUGAUAUCAAUGAAGCGGUUUCAAGCCUCAUAUUUGCCUCUGCGAGAUGCGGGGACUUACCUGAGCUUCGCGUGAUCCGGAAGCUGUUUGGAGAACGUUAUGGCAAUAGAUUUGCUGCGACUGCCGUAGAAUUAUUCCCUGGAAAUCUUGUGAACCGUCAGAUUAGAGAUCAACUCUCCAUCAAAUCAGUGCCCAAUGAUACGAAGCACAGAUUAGUGGACGAAAUUACCAGGGAAUGCUGCCGUAAGCCCGAGAUCUUGGCGAUUGAAUUUUCUUCAGAACUGCAAAGACAGGUGAAAGAAAAUAUGGAACAGAAACGGAUGAAUAAGGAAUCUACAAUUAGCCAUGUAAGUAUCGAAGAAUCUAAAGUGCAAGUUUCGAGUACUAGAGAGAUUGGAACUGAAGCCAUAAUACACGUCGACUCGGAAGCAGCUGCACAUGAACUUCAGUCUACACCAUCUCAAUCUCAUCCUAAACUACAUCAAAAUACAGCAGAUACUUUGGUACUUUCUUCUAUUGUUUCUUGGCCUUCCAACAAUCUAUCGGACUCCUCACUUUCGCCAAGCAAUCUCACAUUGACUGUUCCUGAAGAAAUUGAGAACGCCACUUCCAUUCAAGAAGCUUCAGAACCGAAGGAAGAUAUAAUAAUCACCUCAUCCUCUUCAAGCAAUUCACCUCAAUUUCCUGAAGGAAAGGUAGUCUAUCUCGACGAUGUCGAGGAAUUUCAGUCACUCCCCAAAGUGAAUGAAAAUGGCCAAGACCAGAGGCUAUUCAAGUUCAAACCUUUGCUCGGCUUUCAAAAAGGUACACCUGAAGUAAAACUUGAUCAGGGUUACAUUGAAGAACAUGAAUCAUCAGAUGAGAAGAAGUCGACUCCAAGGAGCACCAGGAAAAGUGAGGCACCAGCUGGAAAGAGGUCAAGGAGGAGAUCACUGUCCCGAGACAACCAAAGCGUCAGGGAUUGUGAAUUUGUGGUCUACUACAACAAGCCUGGAAAGAACUCAACUCACAGGCUCAGCCAUAACCGCGAGGGGAAGCAUCUGAAGAUGAACCAUGCCGAAGAAAAUGAUCAGCUCUUUUCUUUGAGGCAGAAAACAGGCCAAAGUUUCAGUCCAGACUUGGGGAGUCAUUCUAGCUCGUGCAGGCUUAACUAUGUUUCGGCGAAGUCAUGCCGUGACUCCUGCUCUAACUGCAAAAUAAAUAAAUGUAGUUUGGAAAAUCCAUGUUACCAUUGUUCCCGUGACCAGAGCCAUCUCACGCCACUUCAAACCCAUCAUUACAAAGAGGAGACUUCGAUUGAAGGCUUUUGCAACUGUCCAGGUCAUAGGAAUGAGAAACUCGAUGUCAAGUCUUCUCCAGUACCACUUCGACAAAAAGGAAACAGUUUUGAAAACGGCUCUGCUGUAUAUAACGUUUUCACCUACAGGAAUCACAAGGUUGAUGAGGAGAGCAUGAACAAGGAAAGUAUGGUCCAGGGAUCCAAUUCUUCGGGAAGUGAUACUACUAUUGUAAUCGACAGUGUUGAGGAUGCAGUUCUCUCCCCCUACUUGAGAGCCAUGACAAUGCCCCCAGAACGGCACAAAGAUGGGUUCAAGGAGAAAGUCCCCCGCUCGAAUUCAUUUCCAAUUCAAUGCCCGACCCAUGUCCAUCCCAGGUUGCCCGACUAUGAUGAUCUGACAGCCAAAUUUGCGGCUCUCAAGCAAGAGUACUUGCAAAAAACCAGGCCUCCUGGUUGGAAACAAGAGGCGAGAUAGAGCGCAGAGACUUGGCACGUCGGUAGCUUUUCCAUUCAGAAUAUUUCCAUUUGUUGACAUAUUUCGUGUGACUAGGUGUUCUUGAUUAUCCACUUCGUAGCGUCUUUCAUUUGGAGAAUCGAUUCUUUGUACAGAUUUGGGAAGUCCUGCAUUAUUAGAUUGGUUUGCAUUUUGUUUCUCUCUCAA